UGCCUUACAUUCCACUUCAUUUGAGGAGACGAUGGUAUCUAAGACGGUUGACCUUUUGAAGAAGGAGCUCCCACUUGAGCAGGAGUCCGUGGAGUUGUGUGAUGAUGUUGUAACUGGUUUAGUUCUUGUGGACAUCAUAAAUGGCUUCUGCACUGUUGGAGCCGGAAAUCUGGCUCCGCUAGAGCCUAAUCAGCAGAUAUCAGGAAUGAUUGAUGAAUCUGCAAAGUUGGCCAGAGUUUUCUGUGAGAAGAAGUGGCCCAUUAUGGCAUUCCUUGACUCUCAUCGUCCUGACCAGCAUGAACACCCUUAUCCUUCUCAUUGUGUGGCUGGCACCGAUGAAUCGAAUUUGGUUCCAGAUCUUCAGUGGAUAGAAAAAGAAGCAAAUGUAACAAUCAGGCGCAAAGAUUGCUAUGAUGGAUAUAUUGGUUCAAUUGAGAGGGAUGGUUCCAAUGUAUUUGUGGAUUGGGUGAACACCAACAAGAUCAAAGUUCUAUUGGUUGUAGGGAUAUGCACAGAUAUAUGCGUGCUGGAUUUUGUGUGCUCUACAUUAUCAGCAAAGAACCGUGGUUUUCUUGGCCCUCUGGAAGAUGUAGUUGUGUAUUCAUGUGGCUGUGCGACAUUUGAUUUUCCAGAUCACAUCGCCAGAAACAUUAAGGAUUCCAUAGCUCAUCCCCAGGAACUGAUGCAUCACGUUGGUCUUUACAUGGCUAAAGGGAGGGGAGCUAAGAUAGCAAGAAAAGUGUCUGUUGGGUCCAUGCAUGAAGCAGCUGGCUGCUAGAUUCAAAUACAUGGAGUUUAUCUGUUUGUAUUUAUAGUUCUGAAUCAUACCAAGUUCAAGGAUAGAGUACUUGCUUUAUGACUAGACUGAAAACAAGUAGAAGGCAAACAUGUAAUAGGUAUGAUAUUAAGGUGUGUGGAAAGCUAGGACUCCUAACAUGGUGGCAAGGUCGUUCUGGUGCUUCAAUUAUUUGGAACUCAAUGUGUCUCUGGUGCCCAAUAUUUCAUUGUUUAUAUU